AUUAAAAGGAGUGGACACACAGAGUUGUAGCAGAGCUUCCCAUUAUAUUAUCCACACGCAUAGAAAAUACUAAAAUCUGUCUCUUCUCUUUGUAUUUUUAGCUUCUUGAAAUUAUUAAGGAAGCUGAUCUACUCCCAGAAAAUAUAUACUCUUUUUCCUGUUUUAUAAACUAGAUACAGACUAAUUCCAACUGGGUUUUCUUUUUCUUUUUCUCUCUCACCUUAACGACCCUAAUUUGUGGUAUAUAUAUUUAUAUAUUGGUAUAUAUAUUCCAUCUCCUUUUUUGUGGAGUUCUUUUGAUAUGGCAAUGACGAAGACCUUGUCUAUGAUCUCACGAACUGGAAGAGAUUUGCAGAGAUAUAAUGAUGGCUGUCGUCAAGUUGUUGGAUGCAUUCCGUACAGAUACAGAAAAACCAACCAAUUAUCUACAGUUCAAAGGACCCAAAUUGAUGAUUUGGAAUUUUUAUUGAUCAGCUCACAGAAAAGUCCAAGAUGGAUGUUUCCUAAGGGUGGUUGGGAAACUGAUGAGGCAUUAGAAGAUGCAGCUUUAAGAGAGACUUUUGAGGAAUCUGGGGUUAUUGGUGAGGUUGAGGUUCAAGAAUUUUUAGGUACUUGGAGUUUCAAGAGCAAAAGCCAAGGCACAUUUCAUGAGGGACACAUGUUUCCUUUGCUUGUCACUGAUGAACUUGAUGAUUGGCCUGAGAAAACUGUCCGAAAACGCCUAUGGUUGAAAUUUAGUGAAGCAAGGGAAGUAUGUUGGCAUUCUUGGAUGAAGGAAGCUUUAGAUGUCUUUGCUUCUAAGCUUACAAAGAGAAACAAAGAAGAAGAAGAGCCUCGGACUUGUGCUUUCGAUGAAUUGUCCUAUGAACAGACAAUUGCUGCUGUAUCUAAUUCUAACCCAAUGUUUUGUGAAGAACCAAGAAUCAGCAAUGAAGCUAAUGAUUUGAACUGUGAAGAGCUGAGAAUUAGCCUUGUAGCUAAGCCUUCUGUAGGUAAGCUAAUGUUCAAUCAAGAAUCGAGAACAAAGCCGUUGUUCAAUGAAAUUAGUAAUGUAGCCAACUCAAUGUUCAGUGAAGAAGCAACAAUGAGCACUAAAGCCCAGAAGAUGUUCAAUGAAGAGCUGGGAAAUAGCCAUGUAACUCCAAUGUUUGGUGAAGGUAAAAGAAUAAGCAUUGCUGCUUUCAGCUAGCAGACAAAUGAAGGAAAAACCUCAAGACUUUUAAGAACAAUGGACGAGGAACCACGGAUGCCUAUCCAGCCGAAUUCUCGACGAGGUGGGGGCCAAGAAUCAACAUAAUAUAAAGGAGAAAGAAAGAGCCUUGGAACCUCGUUAAGAGAAAUUUUGGUGGCGUAGAGUGCAGGAAUUGGCGUUGUACCGCACAAUCUGCAAAAGAAAGGAAAAAUAGCCUUUUGAUGCGGUUACAAGCAGCAGUAUUAUGGACCAAAGAAAAGAACCCUUUAAUCCCUGCCUGGUCGAAUUCUCAUAUUGUCAGCUUUAACCAGAUCUGCGUACACACUACCUCCCCAGACCCCACUAGUGGGAUUUCACUGAGUCGUUGUUGCUUUAACCAGAUAUAAGCAGAUGAUCUGGAGAGCAACGUAAUCCGGUUUCUCAAACUCCAGAUAUAGGUUAUGCUUGAUAACAGUGUUCAGAUGAAGUAAAGAGAGGACAUGAGAUCUUUCAGGAUAGAGAGAUUUAGAGGUUAAUUUCAAAAGUUUCUAACUUCAUUCUUUAAUUCUUUCAUACUCAUUCAUUCUUUGUUAGCUUUUUCUUACUUAGUCGAAUCGAAUAAAUGUACAUCGGCAAUCGUCUGAUUGUGUGUAAAUAACACCAGAAUUGAAAGAAAUACUGUGUCUUUCCUUUGGCAUUACAAAUUCUUCUCUA